GCGCCGCUGCGGCUGCGGGCGGCGACGGCUGCACCAUGGGCCGGCUGCUGCGGGCCGCCCGGCUGCCGCCGCUGCUGCUGCUGCUGCUGGCCGCGGGCGCAUCCCCGGGCGCGUGUACGGCCGCGUCAGAUGAGCCCGGCCCAGAGGGCCUCACCUCCACCUCCCUGUUGGACCUGCUGCUGCCCACUGGCCUGGAGCCGCUGGACUCGGAGGAGCCCAGUGAGGCCGUGGGCCUGGGCGCGGGCCUGGGAGCCCCUGGCUCGGGCUUCCCCAGCGAGGAGAGCGAGGAGUCCCGCAUUCUGCAGCCGCCGCAGUACUUCUGGGAAGAGGAGGAGGAGCUGAAUGACUCAAGCCUGGACCUGGGACCCACCGCAGACUACGUUUUUCCAGACUUAACUGAGAAGGCAGGUCCUGUAGAAGACACCAGCCAGGGUCAAGAGGUGCCAAGCCUUCCCUCUCCCUUGCCCAAGAUGAAUCUGGUAGAGCCACCCUGGCACAUGGCUCCUGAAGACGAGGAGGAGGAGGCGGAGGAGGAGGAGACCGAGCAGGAGGAGGCCCAGGAGGAGGAGGAGGCCGAGGAGGAGGAGGAGGCCGAGGAGGAGGAGCUGCUGCCCGUGAAUGGCUCCCACGAGGAAACCCAAACUGAGGUCCACGACUUUUCUUCCACCACCAGCAGCCAGACCUCAGGGACCCCCAGACACAGGCAUGAAGAUUCUGGGGACCAGGCCUCCUCUGGCGUGGAGGUGGGAAGCAGCAUGGAGCCAAGCCUGUCACCGCCCUCAGUCACCCCAAGUGCAGUGACCCUGGGGGGUCAGGACUUCACCCGCCAGGAGGCAGGGGCCACGGUGCUGCCAGCUGCAGGGCAUGGGGUAGAGUUUGAGGCCCCUCAGGAGGCGAGUGAAGAGGUCACUAUGGGAGCAGCUGGGUUGGCUGGCAAGCAAGGGGAGGCGCCGUCCUUGGCUUCACUCCCUCAAACAGAAGCUCCCAAUGGGGCUGAGACCCCAGAUGAAGACCCCCUUUAUCCUGGAGCCUCAGCCUCUGUCCCACUGGCCCCCCGAGACAUGGACCUAACACCCUCCUCAGCUACUUUGGGGCAAGAAGACCUCAGCCAGCAGUCCCGGGAGGGGCAGGCCGCCGAAGCCCAAUCCAGAAUACCCUGGGAUUCUACUCAGGUCAUCUGCAAGGACUGGAGCAACCUGGCCGGGAAAAACUACAUCAUUCUGAACAUGACGGAGAACAUAGACUGUGAGGUGUUCCGGCAGCAUCGGGGCCUGCAGCUCCUGGCCCUGGUGGAGGAGGUGCUGCCCCGCCACGGCAGUGGCCACCAUGGGGACUGGCACAUCUCCCUGAGCAAGCCCAGUGAGAAGGAGCAGCACCUUCUGAUGACCCUGGUGGGCGAACAGGGGGUGGUGCCCACGCAAGAUGUCCUCUCCAUGCUGGGUGAUAUCCGCAGGAGCCUGGUGGAGAUUGGCAUCCAGAACUACUCUACCACAAGCAGCUGCCAGGCGCGGGCCAGCCAGGUGCGCAGCGACUACGGGACACUUUUUGUGGUGCUGGUGGUCAUCGGUGCCAUCUGCGUCGUCAUCAUCGUGCUGGGCCUGCUCUACAACUGCUGGCAGCGCCGGCUGCCCAAGCUGAAACACGUGUCGCACGGCGAGGAGCUGCGCUUCGUGGAGAACGGCUGCCACGACAACCCCACGCUGGACGUGGCCAGCGACAGCCAGUCGGAGCUGCAGGAGAAGCAGCCCAGCCUCAACGGCGGCGGCGCCGUCAACGGCCCGGGGGGCUGGAGCGCGCUCAUGGCGGGCAAGCGGGACCCGGAGGACUCGGACGUGUUCGAGGAGGACACGCACCUGUGAGGGCGCCCGGGCCGCCGCG